CGUGACCUCCGUGCGCCUGGUAACAGCGAAAGCGUCUCUCAUGGAGAUGAUGAACUCGAGGAGCUGCGGAAGAAGAUUUACCGGCGAGACGGAUCACGAUGCGCCAUAAAUCCCUCGUUCACGUAUUUUCUGCAAGCUCCGACAUAACACGCACACAUGCGAGCCCUUCACAAUAACACCGACACACUGACAUUGAUACCCGGCUAAGCGUCUUAAGAAUUGGGACGAUUUAUUGCAGGAAAUGGAGAUAUUGGGUUGGCCAAAUAUUGCCAUAUUGCAUCUUACUUGUUACCUAAUGCGAUGAGGCACUAAUGCACUUAAUAGGAUUCAGGUCGCCCUCCCUGUGUUCCUGUAGCUCUCAGAAGCAAGCUGUGUCCAUACAUAACUGAAUCACCAGCUUAUGCUAGAGACACAACAUCAGCAUCUGUUCUUGGCAGGUAAUAGCUCCCUUGUGAGGUUCCCAGGGACUUGACGUCUUCAUCAACGUGUAAAAAAACGAAUUCUUCCAGAUCCCAAAAGAGUCUGAAGAUGGCCUGUGCUGUGGAGAGAUGAGCGAGACCUCCUGAUAUCGGGUGAUUAGACACCCAUACAGGCAUGGGGAAACUACAGAGCAAGUUUCGGCGGCGCUCGGACCUUUACAAGGCCAAAGAGGGGGCGGAGCUCGCACCUGUGCACCAGGUAGUGCAGUAUGAACCUGCUCACACAGAUGCCAUCAACUGUGUCGUCAGCCUGACCUCUGACCUGUGUGUGUCAGGAGGGCAUGACCAGGCUGUUGUUGUCUAUGACUGGAGAGCUGGAAAACGGUGUAAAUCAUUCCAGGGCCACAGCAGAGAGGUUACAAAGUUAUGCUGUUUUAAAGGAAGUUCCUUGAUCUUCAGUGCGUCCCGUGAUAAGACAGUGCUGAUGUGGGAUUUGGGUCGAGAUACAGAACCCGUCCAGGAGUUUUGUGGCCAUGAGCUCGUAGUUAACGGGGUAGCGGUAGCCCCAGAUGGCUCAAAGUUGUGCACCGGCUCUCGUGAUAACUCCAUGCGCCUCUGGGACAUCGAGUCCGGAGAAUGUCUGCAGAAAAACACCAUCUCACGUAACCUGGUAACUCAUCUGUGCUGGGUACCAGGAUGCACAUCUAUUGUCCAAACCUCAGAAGACAAAACUAUCAGGGUGUGGGAUAGCCGUACCUGGCAGGUCACUAACACAUUUCCGGCAAAGCAGUAUAUUCAGACACACUGUGACAUCAGCUCCAACUGUUACCACCUGCUGUCGUCCAGCAAUGGCUUUGGUGGUCAGGGUUGUGAAGCCACGCUGUGGGACCUCAGGCAGCCCGGCUGUAAGGUGGCUGAAUACAGAGGACACCUGCAGACCACGGCAUGCUGCGUGUUUGUGCCUCCCCGUCCCGGAUGUCCUGCCCUCGUGGCAUCAUCAUCGUAUGACAGCUCAGUAAAAAUAUGGGAUCUGAACACUGCAGCAUGUUUGUACACGUUGACACUGGACGGUUCAGGGCCUGUGGUGUCUCUGGCUCCGUGUGACUCCAGCAGUCUCCUGUGUGCCAGUUUUAACACAGGACUGCACCAGCUGCAUCUAGAUCAGGGAGCAGUGCCCAGCCUCACUGAAGUGGCUCGCUUCUGACGUCCAUCUGGACCGCCUGGACAAUCAAACUGAUGAGUUCAAAUGAACUAAUUUAUUAACUGGAACUCCUGGAAUGUACACUGCAUUUCCAAAGUACUGUAUGUGGACACCUUAUACUUUUUAAAGAGAUAAGUCUUGAAAAUGUACUCACCUGAAGUCAUCCGAGAUGUGAAUGAGUUUGUUUUUUUCAUGAAAACACUCACCAAUGGCUCCUCUGCAGUGAAUGGGUGCCGUCAAAAUGAGAGUCCAAGCAGCUCAUGAAAACCACUCCAGAUCAUCAGUUAAUAUCUUGGGAAGUAAAAACUGCCUGUUGGUUUUUAUCAAAUGUUUGGACGGCACCCAUUCACUGCAGAGGAUCGAUUUCUGAGCAAGUGAUUUCUGUAAUUCUGUUCUGAAGAAGAAACAAACUCAUCUUCAUCUUGGAGUGGGGAGUAAAGUUUCAGCAGAUUUCUAUUUUUUUAACAUGUUGGCCUAUAACUAAUAGGAGCAUAAACUGUAUAAAUGUGUGUACAUUUUCCAACAUUGUCCACAAUGUAUUUGACCAUGUAGUGUAUGAUCGUCUGAAUACACAAACAUUAAAUGGUGUUUAAACAUAAUUAACUUACCUGAAGCAGUGAGACUGAAUAGCUAUGAAACUCCCUGACUGCAGAAAUUAUUUACAAUAUGGCUUUUUCCAAUUAUGGCUUAAUUCAGGGUUAAAAUGUUCUUAUCUUAGAUGAGUGCUGUUUUUUCUGUGUGUGUGUGUGUGUGUGUGUGUGUGUGUGUGUGUGUGUGUGUGUGUGUGUGUGUGUGUGUGUGUGUGUGUGUGUGUGUGUGUGUGUGUGUGUGUGAACUGAUAUGGACAAUGAAAUGCCACUCAGCUUCUGCUUGUUUGCUGAAUAUGCUUGAAUAAGUUUUUUGAAACCAGGAGUGAAAGUUCUGGAGUACUUGGACUUAAUUAUACUGUAUGUUGAUGUACUAUUUUACAAAGUUUAUGCGUCAUUAUACUACACUAAACUUUUAGACUUUAGAUAAAAAGUUUCGGGUAACUUUAAUAUUUCUCGAGCAUUUGUCUUGAGUAAUGAAAAUAGAAAAACUGUGAGUAAAAACGUAACAAAGUUUGUGCGUCGAAUAUUAAUUUAAUGGGACAAUCUUGUUCCUCUCAUCUAUUUCUUAAGCUAACGGGCAAUGUUUAUUUUUGGUUUCUAAAGCUUAGCUACAAUUAAAUGUGGUCUCCAUUUUUAUACGUUCCAAUAAAUAUAUUUUCAUACUUAGAUUUAUAAUUUAGUCAAAUUUAGAGAAAAAAAAAACACACCUGUACUCUACCUUGAAUAUAAUUUCCCUGUACUUUUCACUCCUGUUGGAGACCUUUUAUUUGCACUCUUCAUUAAGUCAUAGCUAAUGGGUCAAAAUGAUUCACUGCCAAAAUCAUUCAUGCAGAAAGCACAUAGAUGUGAAAUCUCAGUCUCUUUCUCUCCCUGUACACACACACACACACACUGACAGUUACAUUCACACAGACUCAGGGUUUGGCAACAUGGGAAGCUGAAUCAUUUUUCACAUAGAAGCUGCUAGAGAUAACAGACAAACACAAACACAUUCAAACAUCUAUGUAAACAGCCUUGUCUUGUAUUUCACACACACAGAGACUCUGAGGAGAGGGAAAGGAUGCGUAUGUGGCCCUUUAGAGAAUUCAAUUCAAAAACAGCAGAUCUCAAUAUUUUCCCUCAAACAGAUGAUCACAUUAUGGAGAAUGAGAAGUCAGAGAUGAAAUGUGUUUUCUGUCAUUGUUGUUUGUAAUAUAUAUAUUAGUUCUAGAAUGAAAAAGAAUAUUGCAGCUUUUUUCCUGAAAACACUGUCUUGCCAACAUGACAAUGUUAAUUUGACAUUUAAUGUUUUGACACUGUUUUUUUCACAAAUAUACCAACCAAAGAGUUUUUGUCUUUUAUUUCUUCUAAAAUAUACAUUAUCUCCCAAAAAGUAUUUGUACACUUAAGACCCACUUAAAACUGCCUGAAUGUCAUUGCAUUAGAAUGCUACUAAUGCUUUUCUCAAUACAAACUGCAUUUAUGUAUUUUAUUUGUUUAUAUUUUAUUGUAUGGCUUUGCUUUUGUUUACAUUGAAUUCUAUGUAUUAGAAAAUAAUAUUUUAUUGUUUCAUUUUAUUUUAUUAUUUUUGCUGUGUCUUUGAAUCAGCUGGUGUUUUGGUCAUUUGAACGUAUGAAGCCAGUUCUCCUCACAUUUAUACAGAUCUAGUUCAUCAGAUUUAUUAUCAAUAUGAUAUUUAGCAUUUGUCAAUGGCUUGCUUCGAUACAACAUUUCGCUCUGUAAUGUAAUGACAUUGUAUGUAUUAUGUAAUGUUGUUUUAAUGCUACAGAAAGAUGUGAAGGUUACAAUGAUGUGCUCAUUUGACUAUUAUGUAAAUGCUGAGGUGUGGAGUUAUCAAUUUGAAGGAAAUGUUUAUAUGUAUGUGCACGCUGCGUGAAUAAAGUAUUUCAGUUCAAUGAA